AUGCACGCCUACUACCACACGACCCCACAGCCGUCAGUGGAGCUGCUGAGAUGGGCCGAGGCUACGGUGAGGGGCCGCUCAGGCGGCGAGAACGAAGUCGUUUUCGCGAGGUGGUUCGACGCGCAGGGGGAGGUCUCGCAGACGCAUACGUUUGCGAGCGUGUGGGCGGAGGCGGGGAGGAUAGCGCAUGAGCUCCGCGUGUCGUGGGGGCUGGGGAAGGGGGACCGGGCGAUCCUGUGCUACGGCUUCGGCCUCGACUUCUUCGCGGCGUUCUUGGGUUGCCUGAGGGCGGGAGUGCUAGCGGUCCCUGUGUAUCCUCCGAGCCCGCUGACGCUCAGCAAGUCGCUGACGAAGCUCCAGAGCAUAGUGGAGGCUUGCGACCCUAAGGUCAUCCUAGUCUCCGGGGACGUCAACCGCCUGAGACUGGCGUCCAAGCUCAACUUUGUGUCGUCCGCGCGACGCCUGUGGCCCGACCUCCCGUACAAGGUUGCAAGAUCAUCAGGGGUUUCUAGUGGGGGGGGCAUCUCGAAGUGGCUCGGGGGGGCGGGGGGCGGGGGGGAGAGCUUUGACGAGGAGUCUCUGGGGGAGGGCGAUGUGGCGUUUUUGCAGUUUACCUCCGGCAGCACGUCGGAGCCGAAGGGUGUGAUGGUGACCUUCGGGAACCUGGAGCACAACGCUCGCUUCAUCUCGCGCAUGUCUGAGAAGUCGUUCAAGUCGCGAGGGUUUUCUUUCUCCGGGCGAGAGGAGGUGGGGGGGGUCCGUGGUUUCUCCUGGCUACCCCAGUAUCACGACCUGGGCCUUGUCAUGUGCACCCUCACGCCCUUCGUGAGCGGCUGGCGCAUGGGCUACAUGUCUCCGCUGGACUUCGUGCGGAAGCCCCUCCUCUGGCUGCGACUGCUCUCGGCCGAGAGGGCCAUGUUCGGCUGCGCCCCGGAUUUUUCGCUCAGGCUUUGCGUGCGAAAGUGGUGA